CCAGACCUGGUGGAGCGCCUCAUCUCUGUAGACAUUGGUCCUGGCUCAACUGCCCCUGUGUCUGAGUUCUCUGCCUACAUCUCUGCCAUGAAGGCAGUGAAGGUCCCAGCUGGCCUGACCCGCUCAGCAGCUCGUCAGUUGGCUGAUGACCAGCUGCAGCCCAUAGUCAAGCUCCCGCAGCUGAGACAGUUCCUCCUCACCAACCUGGUGGAGGUGGAGGGUCGCUACGUGUGGCGAGUCAACUUGGAGGCUAUUUCCCAGCACUUGGCAGAUAUCAUGAACUUCCCUGUCUUCCACAAGCCAUAUCCUGGCCCUGCACUCUUCUUGGGAGGCUCUGACUCGCCCUAUAUCAGCUCCAGAGACUACCCAGAAAUCGAGCGCCUCUUCCCCAAGGCACAGAUCCAGUACAUCGAAGGUGCAGGUCACAUAGUCCAUCAGGAUAAGUUUGAAGAAUUCAUCACUGCUGUCCUUAAUUUCCUGCCUCAGCUCUAG